AUUAAUAAUAUAAAAUAUUCUAUUUGUUUUAUUUCAUUUUUUUUUUUAUUUAUAAUAAUAAUAGUGAAUUUUUUUUUUAUAAUUUAUUUUAUUAUAAAUGAUAUAGUAAUUUUAAUGGAGUGAGAAAUUAUAUCUUUUAAUUCACUAAGAAUUGUUAUAUCUAUUUUAUUGGAUUGAAUAUCUUUAUUAUUUAUAAUAUUUGUUUUUUUAAUUUCUUCUGUUGUUAUUUAUUAUAGAAAAAGAUAUAUACAAUCAGAAUUAAAUUUAAGUCGAUUUAUUAUUUUAGUAUUAUUAUUUGUUUUUUCCAUAAUAUUAUUAAUUAUUAGACCAAAUAUUAUUAGAAUUUUAUUAGGUUGAGAUGGAUUAGGAUUAGUUUCUUAUUGUUUAGUAAUUUAUUAUCAAAAUUUAAAAUCUUAUAAUGCUGGGAUAUUGACAGCUUUAUCAAAUCGUGUAGGUGAUGUUUUUAUUUUAAUUGUUAUUUCUUGAAUAUUAAAUUAUGGUAGAUGAAAUUAUAUUUUUUAUUUAGAGUUUAUAAAUAAUGAUUGAGAAAUAAUAAUAAUUGGUAGAAUAAUUAUUAUAGCUGCUAUAACUAAAAGUGCUCAAAUUCCUUUUAGAUCUUGAUUACCGGCAGCUAUAGCUGCUCCUACUCCUGUUUCAGCUUUAGUUCAUUCAUCUACUUUAGUUACAGCGGGGGUUUAUCUAUUAAUUCGAUUUAAUAUAAUAUUAUUAGAUAUAUUUUUUUUAAAGUUAUUAUUACUAUUAUCAGGUUUAACUAUAUUUAUAGCUGGAAUUUCUGCUAAUUAUGAAUUUGAUUUAAAAAAAAUUAUUGCUUUAUCAACAUUAAGACAAUUAGGUUUAAUAAUAAGAAUUUUAAGAAUAGGAUUACCUGAUUUAGCUUUUUUUCAUUUAUUAACUCAUGCUAUAUUUAAGGCUUUAUUAUUUAUAUGUGCUGGUAUUAUUAUUCAUAUAAUAAAUGAUAUUCAAGAUAUUCGUUUUAUAGGUGGGAUUAGAUUAUAUAUUCCUUUAACUUCUUUAUGUAUAAAUAUUUCUAAUAUAGCUUUAUGUGGGAUUCCUUUUUUAGCUGGAUUUUAUUCUAAGGAUUUAAUUUUAGAGUUAGUUAGAUUUAGAAAUUUAAAUUUAAUAAUUUUUUUUUUAUAUUAUCUUUCUACUGGUUUAACAAUAUUUUAUAGAUUUCGUUUAAUAAUAUAUUUAAUAGUAAAUGAUUUUAAUUUAUUAAGAAUUUUUAAUUUAUAUGAUGAAGAUUAUAUUAUAUUAAAAAGAAUAUUUGUUUUAUUAUUUAUAAGAAUUAUUAGAGGAAGAUUUUUAAGUUGAAUAAUUUUUUCUUAUCCUUAUAUGAUUUAUUUACCUUUUAAUUUAAAAAUAAUAGUUAUUUAUGUAAGAUUAGUAGGGGGUAUAUUAGGGUAUUUUAUUAGAAAUAUAAAAAUUUAUUCUGUAAAUAAAUUUUUAAUAACUUAUAAUUUAAGAAAUUUUUUAUGUUUAAUGUGAUUUAUACCUAAUUUAUCUACUUAUGGUUUAAGAUAUUAUUUUCUUAAUUUAGGUCAAUCUUUAUUAAAAAAUAUUGAUAUAGGAUGAAGAGAAAUUUAUAGAGGAUUUGGUAUAAUACAAGUAAUAAAAAAAUAUUCUGUUUUUUAUAAUGUUUAUCAAAUAAAUAAUUUUAUAAUUUAUUUAUUUAGAUUUAUUAUUUGAAUAUUUAUUUUAUUUAUAAUAUUAAUAUUUAAUAAUUAA